CCCAACACUUUUUUCUUAUCAGUCUAUCAUCGUUGAAAAUAUCAUAAACAAUUAGACAUGGCAGUUAAGUUUAUCAUCUUUGCUGCUUUCGUGGCAACUGCCAGGGGUGGAGUGCUAGCUAACCCUACUAUAGUAGCAGCCCCCCAGGUUCUCGCUAAAGUAUCUGACGCCACCUACGACCCGAACCCUCAAUACUCCUUUGCUUACGACGUGCAAGACAGUUUAACCGGAGACAGUAAAAGCCAAAUUGAAAGCAGAAAUGGAGAUAUCGUGCAGGGACAAUACAGUGUGGCUGACCCUGACGGCACCAGGAGAAUUGUCGACUAUACCGCUGAUCCCAUCAAUGGUUUCAAUGCUGUAGUGAGGAAAGCCCCACUAGCUGUUGCUGCUCCAGUUGUAGCCCGAGCUGUAGCCCCAGUUGCUGUUGCUCCCAUUGCUCCAGUCGCUCCAGUUGUAGCUGCCAGAGCUGUAGCUGCUCCUUUCUAUGGUCAGCCGGCCUACGCUAGAGCAGCUCCUCUGAUCUCUGCACCUGCUCCACUUGCUUAUUCUGCUUAUCCAGCUCCAGUAGCGAGAUUAGCGUCGCCACUUAACUACGUUGUUUAAAUCACGAUAUGGCUGUCAAUAAUGUAAAUAUGUUGUUCUGUAGAUAAAUUGUUAGUAUUUUUGUCAUUAAAGAUUUGAAUUUGAAUGAAA